GGCUUUUAUUUUGAAAGGUAUCGGUGUAGAGCGCCAUGUUUGAUGUUUAGCAGCUGCCAUGGCUGCGCAGGAGCCGCGUGCAGAGCAGGAGAGUGAUUUUACUGCCUCUAAACUCGGAACUAAAGAAUAUUGGGAUGAUGCCUACAAGAGGGAGCUCCAGACUUAUAAAGACAUUGGAGAUGUUGGAGAAAUAUGGUUUGGGCAGGGAAGUAUGCACAGAGUUCUUAAAUGGAUGGUGAAACAGAACAUACCUAAAAAUGCUGCUAUUCUGGACAUUGGCACAGGAAAUGGAGUAUUCCUAGUUGAACUGGCAAAAGAGGGUUUUGAUAAUCUCACGGGCAUAGACUAUUCAAAUGCAUCGAUAGAGCUCACAAGAAAUAUUCUGGAUGAAGAGGGCUUGGUUAAUAUUAAAGUUCAGGAGCAGGAUUUUCUGAACCCCAGCGCUGAGCUGAAAGAUUUUGAUGUAUGUAUAGAUAAGGGCACGUUUGACGCCAUUAGCUUGAAUCCUGAUGGCCAAAAUGCAGCAAAGCUUCAGUACGUCUCCUCACUAACGACCGUCCUGAAACCACAGGGUCACUUUAUCAUUACCUCCUGUAACUGGACCAAAGAGCAGCUGCUGGAGAUCUUUAGCCCGGGUUUGGAGUUGCUGCAGGAGCUUCCCACUCCCCGUUUCCAGUUUGGUGGAGUUACUGGUAAUAGCGUCACAGCUCUGGUCUUCAGAAAGCUCUGCUGACCUUUACCUUUACCUGUGUUUAACUCGAACUCAGACGGACUGAAUAUGGAUAUAAAAGUUAUUCAUUUGUAAAUGUUUCUCUCAUUCUGUCACCUUUUGUUUUUGUAUAUUAUUAUAACAAUAAAAAGGCAUUUUUAAAUGUUUUGGAAUCGUA